UCCGAAUCUCUUUUCACCUCCUCCCCCCCAUCUUUUCUCGCGCGUCAAUUUGCGCGUCGAGUUCGGCCUGACGCCGCUUCUCCAACAUGAAUAUCAAUCGAGAGGAGCGGCAGCAAAUGCGGCAGCGCGGAGCAGCGUCACGUAAGACGAAAGAGAUCAACUUUGGUUUUUCGUUUGGGCUAGCUCCUCCGCCGCCGGACGAAGCUGCUGAUUCCGCGUCGCGCCCGGCCGAUGUUGGAAUCGCUGGUGAACCUCCUGCCUUAGCUCCGCCGCCGCCGCCAACAACGACAGUGACAGCAGCAGCAGCAGCACUGCCAAUUACUACAGACGAUACAAGUAUUGCAGAUGAAACUACGCAAAACGGCUUGCCGCCUGGGGCUGAGCCUUCGACAUCCCAGGACCAGAAACCCGCUCGACGGACGUCAGGAAGCCCGCGCACCAGAUCCUCGCCCAGACUGUCUUCGCCUAAGAGUCUAUCGGACGAUGCAACGGAAGCCGGUCCAAGUCGCAAGAUCAGAAAACUUGAUCACCCUAGGAGCUCCCCUACGAGUUCAGCUGCUGCGCACAGUGCUGAGAACCCCCUUUCUCUCGCCAAUGGGAUCGCCCCGAUGGACCCAUCUCAAACUGCUGAGGAAUCAACUGUUGCGACCGAGCCUGUCCCCGAGCCUGUCCCGGCCCCCGCUUCCGAAGCUUUGAUCGAGAGACCAGCAUCACCCGUAACGCCGGCAGCCUCUAUAGCGCCCAAUGACCUCGCGUCUCCGCAGGCUCGCCAGGAACCGGAGUCAGCGGCAGUCGCUACAGAGAAGCUGUCCUCGAGGCCUAAGUCAGCAUCACCCAGAGCGAACGGAACACCCUCCCCGCCAGGUAAGAAAGCAAGAGGCAAGCGCAAGAGACAAGGCUCUCAGGAAAGUGAACGAUCGUCGCCUACUACAACCAGUCCUAAGACGAGCGAAGAGCAGAUCGAACAACCCGCAGAGCCCAUGGAUACAUCGCUGGAUGUACAACCUGAAACUACAGAACCACCAACGACAGUUGUGCCAGAUACUGUUGAACUGUCGAACGGCACAAUUCUUCCAGAUCUUCCUGAGUCGACCCAACCCGUUGAGCCUCAAACCGUCGCCGAGCCCCAAUUGACCGCCCCAUCCCAAGAAACAACCCAAUCCCAUGCCGCCACCGAACCUCAACCGACUACGAAGCAGUCAAGACUACCCGUUCCUUCGCGAACCAAGCGACCACGCGGCGAACGAGCUGCAUCCGUCCAGCCAUCUACGACUACGGUCAAAGAGCCUCGAGUGGCGAGAGCAGGGUCCGCGGAAAGUGCGCCAGUUGAAGCUAAGGGAAAUAAGAGAAUUCGGACACGGGUGGAUGGGGUCUCUGAGCGGGAAAAUGAUGCUUCCAUCACCAACGGGGAGCCAGAGGGUCAGAGUAUGGAGGUAGAUGCUCCGCAAGGAGCAGAAGUGAGUGCUGCGGAGCGAAAGGGAGCCCGCAGAGGACGUCCGCUACAGUCGGAGGUAGCAGAAACGAAACCGAAGCGCGCUGGUCGCCCCGGAAGAAAGGUUUCGCCCUCUCUCCAGGACGUGGUCGAGGAAGAGGAAGCUCCAAUCGAGGAGGCGCAGAAGGAGGUGCAGGAGCCGGAAGAGUCGGCGUCACAGCCCAUGCCAAGAGGGCGGAGACCCAAGGCAUCUGAGCCACAGCCGGUGGAGCCAGAGCCAAGUCAGCCGGAGCCGGAGCCACAGGAGCAGGCCCUACCAUCAGAGGCGCAGCCGAAGCGCAAAGGACGACGACCCAAACAAGCAGAGCCGGAGCAAGCGGAACCUGCACCACAGCCACAGGGCCAUGAAGCAGAGGCGGAGACAGCAUCUCGCUCGAAGCCAAGAGGACGGAGAGCUAAGCUAAUGGAACCGACACCGGAGACAGCAGCAACGGCUCCGGAACCAGCGAUGCCUGAUUCAAGGCACAGAGGGCGAAGAGCGAAGACCGCUGAGCCAGAGCCGGUAGAGCCAGAGCCAGUGGUAUCUGAAUCGAAACUCAGGGGGCGGAGAGCUAGGACUGCAGAGCCAGAGAUUCCACAACCAGAAACAAAACCGGCGGAACAACCAGUGGACGAGCCAGAGCCAAGGUCAAGAGGGCGAAGGACAAGGACGGCUGAGCCGGAGGCAGCACAAGCGGAGCCCGGCGCGGCAGAUCAACAACCAGCCGAGGCAGAGCCCAGGCGCAGAGGGCGGAGAGCACGGACAGCUGAGCCGGAUGAACCACAACCACAGCCAAAUCCAGAGCAGGCCACGCAAGAAUCAGUUGAGACAGCGCCGAAGCCCAGAGGACGGAAAGCACGGACAGCCGGGCCGGAAGGUGCACAACCAGAGCCAGAGCCGGCCACGCACGAACCAGUUGAAACAGCGCCAAAGCCAAGAGGGCGGAAGGCGAGAGGAGCCAAGUCGACACCACCAAUGCCAGCAGAAGCUGUUCCGGAACCUGAAGUGGUCGAACCCGAGGUCGCACAGCCAGAACCAGAACCCGAAUCUUCGCAGGCACCCGCUGAACCCCGAUCUCGCAAGCGUGAUCGUGGCGGCAGGCAGGCAGAAGAGAGUGCCGGGGUUAGCGCGACACGCGAGGCAGACAACGUUGCAGCGGAAGGCGAGGGCAGCGCAGAGCCUCCGACGCGGAGACGCAAGCCCAGACAACCUCGCGGAGAGACCGUGCCGGUCACUGUGCAUCGUCUUGCGAACGUUGCUGCUCUCGGGGGCGACCCCACACUGUUGGGGUCGUCGGAUGACGAGGGCGAGACCGCUGAGGCGUCGUCGUCCGACCGGCAGCAGGACAAGCUGCCCAGCCGAGGCGGCGUGAAUGUGGCCGACGUACUGGGCCAGAUCUGCCGCGAGACAUUGGAAAAGACGCUGACAACGCUGACCAACGGCAUCGACGGCGAAGGGAACGCCGGGCGACGCGCCGAAUGGACGCGCAAGAAGAAGGUGGUCGAGGCGUACGGCAGCGAACUGGAGGGCCGACUGCUCGAGCUGAGUGAGAUGCUGGACGGCAACUUCGUGCUUGGGGUCAAAAUGCGCAAAGCCAAGCGCGAGAUGAUGGAGUAUCGGAGUCGACUGUACCAAGUGCGAAAGGAGCGAGAGGCGGUUGCGUUGCAAAUGGACGCUGUCCGGAGAAAACAUGCCGAAGAUGAGUCUGCACGAAAGGCGCGUUCGACCAUCAACAACUCCCUCCACAGUCUCGACCUCGCGCUGGAGCGUCGUCAGACCCACCCGGCCGAUCCUGAUGAGACCACUGAUCUGGGGGGGAUGGAGUUUCUGCUUCGCAACGUUGCGGAGACGGUCAGUUCCGCCGCCCCCGGCGGCCAGGGCGGGCUGCUGCAUCAACUUCGCUCCUUCAACGCACAGCUCGAAUCCACGGCACGGCGGCUGGAGAGGUGAGCGUUGAGCUUCCUCUCGACCCAUUGUGCUGUGUUGAGACUUCUGUCAUCCUCGACUUCUUUUUCGUUGCGUCACCACCUGGAAUCCGAAUUUCGCGUCUUGCUCGUCUUGCUCUUUCUAUCGAUCCCGAAUACCCACAUGACACGAACACUGCGACAGGAGUUUUUUUCUUUAAAGGUUGUUUGUUUUUCGAGGGUGCCGGUAGCAGUUCCGUUGGAUUAUUUGAUGAUGAAAUGGAUACCUACCUGACCAUGACCAUGACCAUGUACUGUACGU